GCUGCCAGAAAACCAUCAGCAGCUCAUCAGUCUGUGUCCUUCACUCUCAAGCCGCGAUGUCCCUGGAGAAUCAGUUGACUUCGUCGCUGGAGGACAGCGAAGCUUUGCUCCUCAAUGUCUCCAAGAUGCUCUGGGACUCCAGCGCGGAGCGUUACCAGUACGCCGUCUGGCUCCCGGGCAUCGGAAUCGCUGCGGUUUACGGGCUCAUCAUCCUGGUGGGUCUGGUCGGGAAUAUCACUCUGAUGAAGACGUGUCUGCUGGUGAAGUCCAUGCGCACGGUGCCCAACCUGUUCCUGUCCAGCCUGGCUCUGGGGGACCUGCUGCUGCUGGUGACCUGCGCCCCGGUGGACGCCAGCCGCUACCUGGUGGACGAGUGGCUGUUCGGGCGCGUCGGCUGCAAGCUGAUCCCCUUCAUCCAGCUCACCUCCGUGGGGGUCUCCGUGUUCACCCUGACUGCGCUCUCCGCUGACCGGUACCAAGCUAUCGUCAAACCGUUGGACAUCAACAGAUCGAGCGCCACUCUAAGCAUCGGCCUGCGCGUUGGGACCAUCUGGAUGCUCUCUGUCACCCUGGCCAUUCCCGAGGCCGUCUUCUCCGACCUGCACACCUUCACCACCAGCUACACCAACGUGACGUUUGUGACGUGCGCCCCCUAUCCGCACGCCGGAGAACUGCAUCCGAAGAUCCACUCCACUGCCUCCUUCCUCGUCUUCUACGUCAUCCCUCUGCUCAUCAUCUCUGUUUACUACUGCUUCAUCGCUCGCAGCCUGAUCCGGAGCUCAGCAGACAUCUCUGCAGAGGGACACCUGCAUCUCCACAAACAGAUCAAGUCCAGGAAGCGACUGGCCAAAACCGUGCUGGUGUUCGUCGGCCUGUUUGCUCUCUGCUGGCUCCCCAGUCACGUCAUCUACCUCUACCGCUCCUACCACUACGACCAGGUGGACACGUCGCUGGCUCACUUCAUCGCCAGCGUGUGUGCUCGCAUCCUGGCCUUCACCAACUCCUGCGUGAAUCCUUUUGCGCUUUACUUGAUGAGCAAGAGCUUCAGCAAGCACUUCAGGAACCAGCUGCUGUGCUGCAGCUCUCCCAGACGGCUGUACAGUCAAAACAGCGCGAGUACAAACGUGACCUCCGUCUGAAGGAGUCCUGUUUCCCCCAACCAAACACAUGUGCUUUACCAGGACUCUGCUACCUUUGAUUCUCUUGAAUGUGUUGGUGAAUUAUUCUCAGUUUGUUGGGAAAGGGAAGUAACGUCAGUAAAGCUGAUUUUAGAUACUGGUUGGUAAACUAGUCCAUGGUGGGAAUGGAUCUUUUUUGUUGGAGGUAUUCUCUGAAUGUUAAAUAUAAACUUAAAUCCAACAGCACUGUUUGUGCCAUUUGUGGUUUAGCAAGAGAUUUAAAUAAUGCAAAUAAAGGGGUGUUCAUUGCUCCGAUAUUGAUAAACCAGACAGGCUGUUCCUUUACUCUGCAUGUUUUGGUUUGAUGUAGUGGUCGCUUAAAAAGCUGAAAGUGGAUUUUCAGCUUUCAGCUUGGCCUUGCUGGAGCUUCGUUGCCAGUUUUUGAAACCAUUUCAUCCACUGUGACUGCUUAUAGUUUACACGUCCCAAAAACGACACAAACAUCCGUCACUCCGUGGAGCAUCUUUUCUAAGCAGCUCAUAUUACAUGAAUGGUAAUCUAUAUUUUCAAAUAUGGGUAAUAUGUACAGUAAAAGGGAAAUUUAUGUGGGGACAUUUUCAAGAUCCAGAGCUGAAUAAUUAACGGUUGUUUUAUCAUGAACAAAAUAAAAGAUUUUCCAUGAGUUGAAACAUCUCAAUUAAAAACAAAAACAGGGAAAUAUCUUUCUCCUUUGCACUUGAGACGUUGUUAUUAAUUAUUAAAUGUUCUGUAUUUAAACAAAAAAACUGUUGUUGGACCAUUUUGGACCUAACUGUGAUGGAGUUUAUGAUGUCUUUGUUGACUUUGCGUCUGUAGAGUAUUGUUAUUGUCAUUGUUUAAAUUAUCACAUUGUAGUCCUUUUUCAU